GGGUGCAGGAUCCUAACCUGCCUGCUAUAGGCAGGUUAGAUCACUAUGCCAGCAUGCCUGAAAACCACGUUAAAAAGACAAUUAGUAACUGUACAGGUCCCAAGGCUCUAAUUAGUAUUUCAAUCCCUGGUCACUCUUUCUUCCUUCAUUCUGUCAUUAAUUCAGCAAACGUUUAUUGUACUCAUGUGACACGUCAGGCUGACAGGAGUUGGAGCAAGAAAGGUAGCAAAGCUACAAGACAUGGGAAGCUCCAGGUGACUACAGUGUCUGUGUCCAGCCACCUGCCCCUCAAAAGAGAGAAUUGAGUUGAUGCCACGAGCUUGAACGAAAGGUCGAAAGUGUUGGUUUCCCCGGGGUAUUUGAAUACUCUGUGGGUUCCCACCUACGGGCGGGCUGUGGCCUCCAACCCCAGAUAGAACUAGGAACUGGCUCCUGCUACUGAAAAUGCAAAGCAACCCUCUGGAAUGUCCAUCUCUGACUUGUUCCCCCCACCCUCUGUCCACAGGGCUGCCCUUGAAAUGGAGUUGCUGCCCCUCUGGCUCUGCCUGGGUUGUCACUUCUUAGCCGUGGGAUGGACAAAGAGCAGUGGAGCGGACAUUGCUGUGUCCCAAGGGAGCUGCAAGUGGGACGACGGAACCGGAACCGCUGACUGCCGUGCUCAGGGCCUGGCCUCGGUGCCCAGCAGCCUCUCUCCGCGCUCUCGGACGCUCCUCCUGGAGGCCAACCCGCUUGAGAAGCUAGAGAAUCACUCCCUGCAGCGUUACCGUCUCCUGGAGAGCCUCGGCCUGCGCGGCUGCCACCUGCACCGUCUGGACCGCAACGCCUUCCGCCAGCAGCAAGGCCACCUCCGCAGCCUGGACCUGGCUGACAACCGACUGGCCGAGGACUACCACGAGGCAGCCGCCGCCCUGCACACUCUGCCGCACCUGCAGACGCUCGACCUGUCCGGGAACUCCCUGACGGAAGACAUGGCGGCCGUCCUGCUGCACAACCUGUCGUCGCUGGAGGCCGUGUCUCUGGCCAGGAACACGCUCAUGAGGCUGGACGAGUCGGUCUUCGAGGGCCUGGAGCGUCUCCGGGAACUGGAUCUACAGAGAAACUACAUCUUCGAGAUCGAAGGCGCCGCCUUUGACGGCCUGCCGGGGCUCCAGCGUCUCCACCUGGCCUACAACAACCUGCCGUGCAUCGUGGACUUCCGCCUCACGCAGCUGCGCUUCCUCAACGUCAGUUACAACGGCCUUGAGUGGUUCCUGGCGUCGAGGACCGAGGCCACCUUCGAGCUGGAGACGCUGGACCUGUCCCACAACCAGCUGCUCUUCUUCCCGCUGCUGCCCCAGUGCCCCAAGCUGCGCACACUGCUGCUGCGGGACAACAACAUGGGCUUCUACCGGGACCUAUAUAACACCUCAUCACCUCAGGAGAUGGUGGCCCAGUUCCUCCUGGUGGACGGCAACGUGACCAACGUGACCACCGUCAGCCUCUGGGACGAGUUCUCUGCCAACAGCCUCCCGGACCUCCGUCUCCUGGACCUGAGCCAGAAUCAGUUCCAGUACCUGCCCGAAGGCUUCCUGAGGCAAAUGCCUGCCCUCGCCCACCUCAACCUCAACCGGAACUGCCUGACCACGCUCCACAUCCAGGAGCAGGAGCCCCCCGGGGCGCUCACCGAGCUGGAUCUGAGCCACAACCAGCUGUCGCAGCUGCACCUGACGCCCGGGCCCAGUGGCUGCCUGAGAAACCUCCGCUCCUUCAAUUUGAGCUCCAAUCAGCUCCUGGACGUGCCCUCCGGCCUUUUUGCCAAUGCCAGCAGCAUCACUACAAUCGACAUGAGCCACAAUCGAAUCUCACUGUGUCCCGGGGCUGGCCCAUCCAGCUGUGUGGAUUUCAGGAAUCUCACCUCUCUGAGGAGCCUCUCUCUGGAGGACUGCGGGCUGGACACGUUGCGGGACUGCCCAUUCCAAGGGACACCCCUUACGCACUUGGACCUGUCCAGCAACUGGGGUGUUCUAAACGGGGGUAUCAGCCCACUGCGGGAUGUUGCCCCCAUGCUGCAGGUCCUGGCCCUCAGGGAUGUGGGCCUCAGUUCCAGUUUGACCCAGUUGGACUUCUCCGGGUUUGGGCACUUGCAGAACCUGGAUUUGGCAGGAAACGCCUUGACCAGCUUCCCGAGGCUAGGGGGCAGCCUGCCCCUGCAGACCCUGGAUCUGCGCAGGAACCGACUCACAGCCCUGCCCCACAAGGCUGUGUCUGAGCAGCUCCCUCAGAGUCUGCGGAUCAUCUACCUCAGUCACAAUCCCUAUGACUGCUGCCUGGUGGAGGGCUGGGACGCCCUGCAGCACCUGGGCGUCGUGGCUGACGCAGCCUCCAUCACCUGCAACCUGUCCUCCAGGGUCAUUCGUGUGCUGGAGCUGCCCGGUAGUGUGUGGCAUGACUGUAAGUGGGAGCAGGUGGACACGGGCCUCCUCUACCUUGUGCUCAUCCUGCCCAGCUGCCUCACCCUGCUGGUGGCCUGCACUGUCAUCUUCCUCACCUUUAAGAAACCUCUGUUCCUACUGAUCAAGACCCGCUGCCGCUGGUCCUCUGUGUACUGACUCAGGGGCAAGCCUGGGUUUGCUACUGGGCCUGGGCAGCUGAGGACAUCUCUGGGCUGGACUGGGGGCUCUCCAUGCAGAGGCUAGUGUGAUAAGCCAGGGUUUAAAUUAAACUGGAAAAUGGUUCCAUCCCUUAGCCUCUGCCUCCCCCUCCACCUAUAAGUUUUUAUCUCAUUUUGAUGGUUCAGCCUCAUCAUUCUGGUCAAAUAUUUAUUAAAUGACACUGUAUAAAAAUAAAAGACAAUGGUCUCAUAUA